AUGUUUAAAUCUAUACGGCCAGUUGUUUUUAAACGAGGUUUAAAAGUAACACGACCAAAAUUAUCAAAUCUAAAUCAAUGGAAGACUAUAGUUCAAAUAUUAACUGGUGCUUAUAUUGGUGGUAUAAUUGUUAUUUCUGGUUCAUUAUAUUUUAUAUACUCAGAUGCUAAUAAAAGACAACCAAUUCCAUUAGAAUUAAAUAUUAAUGAUCAAGUAAAUUCAGUGAUGGCAAUAAAUAAAGAUGAAGUUUUAGGUAGUCCACGAUUUGCAAGUAAACAUUACAGAGCAUUAUUGGUUAACUUAUAUAAAGAAAUAUAUCCAGAUUAUAAAGAAACGAAUGGUUACGAUAUACCUAUAUUAGACUACCAAGCAUUAUUGAAAAAGAACACAAAGUUUGUUAAUUUUUAUAUUGAUAUGGUUUUAAGAUAUGCUAAGACAUUGUUGGCUAAAGGAGAAUCACAAAUUUCAGUUUCAAUUUUAAGGAGAAUCAUAAAUGAUGAUUUCAUAUUUGAAAAUCUUGCAGAUCCAGAGAAAUUAAGUAAUGGAAGUAGAUUAUUAAGUAAAAUAACACUGGAUACAAAUGAGAAGGAACAAUUGUUAAAUAGGUCAAUUGCCAUGUUAUCAUCAGCUUUCAAUUUUCAAGUUAAGGAUAAUAUAAUACAAAAUAUGAAAUUGUCAGAUGAGCUAUUAUUUUGUCUUAAUGACUUAGCUUUUGUAUAUGCCAAAAGUGGUAAGUUAAACGAAUCAUUGACUAUCUAUUUAUCAAAUUUGAAAAUAUUGGAAGAGAUCAAAACAAGUUUAGAGAAUGGAAAAUCCCAAAUCAAUUAUCCUUUAUUCAAUUGUAAUUCAGAGAAUAUAACACUACAAAUAUGCUCAUUAAAAGCUCAUAUAAGUGAAAUAUUGUUUGCAAAGAAUUAUAAAGAUAAAGCUAUUCAAAUGUCACAAGAAGUAAUUGAUGAAAUAUUUUAUGAUUAUAAUUCGAAUCCCAAUGUUAGUCCAAUACUUAUAAAUGUCCUACAUAACUUAAAAGCAAUGUAUAAGAAAAUUGGAGAUGAGAAGGAGAUGAGCAAGUGUCAGAAUAUGAUUGAUGGUUUACCUUUAUUUGAUGCUGAUUUACGUAAGUCAUUUUAUGAUGAGAUGAUUUCUAAAUGGAGUAAAAUCAUCUAUGAAUUGGGUCCAAUUGGAAUUAUUACAAAACCUUUGAGUGAAAGGUAUGGUCCAAAACAACGAAUUAAAGAAUUAGAAGAAAUUGAGAAUGAAUGA